AACUCACGUGUUGAAAUUUUGUGGACGUCUUUUUAGGUUAUAAGUGAUAAAUUUAUAUUUAUUUAUAACAAAUCGUGAUACAAAAAACAUAAAAAUGAGUCUUUAUAACUUUAAGAAAAUCGCCGUUGUGCCCCCUGCAAAGGACUUUAUAGAUAUCAUUCUAUCUAAAACCCAAAGGAAAACACCGACAGUUAUUCACAGGAAUUACAAAAUAUCAAGGAUACGUGCGUUUUAUAUGCGUAAAGUGAAAUUCACCCAACAGAAUUUUCACGAUAGGCUCUCACAGAUUAUCCAAGAAUUUCCAAAAUUAGAUGAUGUCCAUCCCUUUUAUGCUGAUUUGAUGAACGUUUUGUAUGAUAAGGAUCAUUAUAAACUUGGUUUGGGACAACUGAAUACCGCUAGACAUUUAAUAGACAAUGUUGCAAAAGAUUAUGUGCGAUUGCUUAAGUAUGGAGACUCUUUGUAUCGUUGUAAACAACUUAAAAAGGCAGCACUUGGUCGAAUGGCCACGAUAAUGAAAAGACAAGCUGCUAAUUUAACCUAUUUAGAACAAGUCCGUCAACAUUUAGCACGUUUGCCUAGUAUUGAUCCAUACACAAGGACUAUGAUUAUUUGUGGGUUCCCAAAUGUUGGAAAAUCUAGCUUCAUAAAUAAAAUUACUAGAGCUGAUGUAGAAGUACAACCCUAUGCAUUCACAACUAAAAGUUUAUAUGUUGGACACACAGACUAUAAAUAUUUACGUUGGCAGGUGAUAGACACUCCUGGAAUCCUGGAUCAUUCUUUGGAAGAAAGAAAUGUUAUAGAAAUGCAAGCAGUAACAGCUCUUGCUCAUUUAAGAGCAUGCGUCUUGUAUUUUAUGGACUUAUCGGAGCAAUGUGGACAUACAAUUGAAGAACAGGUUCGUCUAUUCGAAUCCAUAAAACCUCUCUUCACAAACAAACCCCUGAUGGUGGUUGUGAAUAAAAUAGACAUAGUCCGUUUGGCUGAACUGAGCCCUGAAAAAAGGGCCCAUUUGGCACCUUUGGAAGAAAACAAGGAGUUGACAAUGAUGGAAAUGUCUACUGUAACCGACGAAGGAGUUUGUGAAGUAAAAGUUGAAGCUUGUGAAAAACUACUUGGAUACCGGGUCGAACAGAAAAUGAGAACCAAGAAGGUUGAUGGUAUUCUAAAUCGCCUCCACGUGGCCCAGCCAAAAGAACGUGAUGCCAAAUCCAGGCCUCCGGUUAUUCCGGAAAGUGUUCUGCAAAAGAGGCAAAUUGCAGCAGAUCGUUUGGAAAGAAAACGCAAACUCGAACGUGAAAUUGAAGAAGAAGAAGGUGAUGACUAUGUACUCGAUUUGCAGAAGAAUUAUGCAGAAAUUCCUGAAGAAGAGAGACAUGAUAUCAUACCUGAGUUCUGGGAGGGACACAACAUUGCUGAUUAUAUUGAUCCUGAAAUAUUUGAUAAAUUGGAAGAGCUAGAACGCGAAGAAGGUCUUCGUGAGGAAGCAGGAAUGUACGUCGUUCCCAAAGUCGAACUCGAUCAAACUAUGCGCGAAAUCAGGGACUUGGCCCUUCAAAUUCGCCACAAAAAGGCAAUUCUUAGGGACGAAACCAGGGUUACAAAGGCCAGCACUAAGCAACUACCUCGAACAGCCGGAGCCAAAGUCCGGGAGCGUUCUGUGUCUAGAUUGCGAUCGGAAAUGGAAAAUCUGGGUGUGGAUAUGUCCGGAACCGAAAAUGCAAACUUCACAAAAACCAAAUCGAGAUCAAGAUCCGUUUCUAAGCCUUCGGCCAAACGCGUUAGGAUGGACGUCUCCGAAAGCAGAACUCAAUCGAGGUCCAGAUCUGUUCCCAGGGAUGAACAAGGAGUUAAGGAUGUUAUUAUGAAAAAGAAACUGAAAGCAAUGGCCCACAAAGCAAUCAGCAAAAAGGUCAAGAAAAUGGGUCUCAAAGGCGAAGCCGAUCGUUUCAUCGGAAACAAAAUGCCCAAACAUCUCUUCUCAGGCAAACGAGGCGUCGGCAGCACAGACCGAAGAUAAAACUUGCAGACAAACUUAUAUAAUUAUAUAUAAAAUAGUUGAAACUUCUAUUUUGUACUGUUGAAUUUAUUAUUUAUAGGCAGAAACAAUAACCACUACUCCAUAAGUACAACAAAUACAUUGAAAU